AUGCCCGUGGGCUUCAGCAGUGCAGCAGGAGAGUGCCCUGUCUGCAUGCAUGCUUUGGCCCGAGUUGAGGCUCUGUGUCGAGGGCGUGUGGUGAGAGUCCCCUCGGGGAGCCUGGUGCGGGUGGUGGGCACCGAGCUGGUCAUCCCCUGCAACGUGAGUGACUAUGACGGCCCCAGCGAGCAGAACUUCGACUGGAGCUUCUCGUCUUCGGGCAGCAGCUUCGUGGAGCUGGCCAGCACCUGGGAGGCGGGCUUCCCGGCCCAGCCGUACCGGGAGCGCCUGCAGAGGGGUGAGAUCCUGCUGCGGCGGACCGCCAACGAUGGCGUGGAGCUCCACAUCAAGAAUGUCCAGCCCUCGGACCAGGGCCACUACAAGUGUUCCACCCCCAGCACCGACGCCACCGUCCAGGGCAACUAUGAGGAUAUAGUGCAGGUUAAAGUGUUGGCCGACGCCCUGCAGGUGGGUGCCGUUGCGCCGCCCGAGCCGGGCCUGAGCCUGCGCCUGGGCGAGCCGUUCGAGCUGCGCUGCUCGGCCUCCACGGCGUCGCCGCUGCACACGCACCUGGCGCUGCUGUGGGAGCUGCAGCGGGGCACGGCCCGGCGGAGCGUGCUGGCCCUGACCCACGAGGGCCGCUUCCGCCCGGGGCCCGGCUACGAGCAGCGCUACCGCGUGGGAGACGUGCGCCUGGACACCGUGGGCGCCGACGGCUACCGCCUGUCCGUGGCCCGCGCCCUGGCCGCCGACCAGGGCUCCUACAGGUGCGUGGUCAGCGAGUGGAUCGGAGAGCAGGGCAGCUGGCAGGAGAUUCAGGAGAAAGCCGUGGACGUGGCCACCGUGCUGAUCCAGCCGACAGUUCUGCGAGUGGCUGUCGCCAGGAAUGUGUCUGUGGCUGAAGGAAAGGGGUUGGACCUGACCUGCAACAUCACAACCGACCGAGCAGACGACGUCCGACCCGAGGUGACAUGGUACUUCAGCAGGACGCCUGAUGGCGCUUGGCCUGGCGCCCCCGUGCUGGCACGGCUGGACCGGGAUUCCCUGGUGCACAGCUCUCCUCAUGUGGCCCUGAGUCACGUGGAUGCACGCUCCUACCAUUUACUGGUUCGAGACGUUAGCAAGGAAAACUCCGGCUACUAUUUCUGCCACGUGGCGCUCUGGGCACCCGGACACAACAGGAGCUGGCACAAGGUGGCAGAGGCCAGGUCUGCCCCAGCCAGUGUGGAUGUGACCUGGCUAGAACCAGACUAUCAGGUGUACCUGAAUGCUUCUAAGGUCCCCGAGUUUUCAGACGAUCUCACAGAGCUGGAGUGCCGCAUAGUGGACAUGAAGAGCUUGCAGGCCAGCGUCCGUUUCACGGUGUCCUGGUACUACAGGGUGAACCGGCGCAGCGAUGACCUGGUGGCCAGCGAGCUGCUUGCAGUCAUGAAUGGGGACUGGACGCUGAAGUACGGAGACCGGAGCAAGCAGCGGGCCCAGGACGGAGACUUUAUUUUUUCUAAGGAGCGUACGGACACGUUCAGUUUCCGAAUCCAAAGGACCACAGAGGAAGACCGAGGCAGUUAUUACUGUGCUGUGUCCGCAUGGACCAAACAGCGUAACGACAGCUGGGUCAAGAGCAAGGACGUCUUCUCCAAACCCGUCAACAUAUUUUGGGCAUCGGAAGAUUCCGUGCUUGUGGUGAAGGCAAGGCAGCCAAAGCCUUUCUUUGCUGCAGGAAAUACAUUUGAGAUGACGUGCAAAGUGUCUUCCAAGAAUAUUAAGUCGCCGCGCUACUCUGUUCUCAUCACCGCUGAGAAGCCUGUUGGGGACCUCUCCAGCCCCAAUGAAACCAAGUACAUCAUCUCCCUGGACCAGGAUUCUGUGGUGAAGCUGGAGAACUGGACAGACGCAUCGCGGGUGGAUGGCGUUGUGCUCGAGAAGGUGCAGGAAGAUGAGUUUCGUUAUCGAAUGUACCAGACUCAGGUGUCGGAUGCGGGGCUGUACCGCUGCGUGGUGACAGCCUGGUCUCCUGUCCGGGGCAGCCUGUGGCGAGAAGCAGCAACCAGUCUGUCGAACCCUAUUGAGAUCGACUUCCAGACUGCUGGUCCUAUAUUUAAUGCCUCCGUGCAUUCAGACACACCGUCGGUUAUCCGGGGAGAUCUGAUCAAGCUGUUUUGUAUCAUCGCUGUUGAAGGAGGAGCGCUGGAUCCAGACGACAUGGCCUUUGACGUGUCCUGGUUCGCGGUGCACUCCUUCGGUCUGGACAAGGCUCCCGUCCUCCUGUCUUCUCUGGAUCGGAAGGGGAUUGUGACCACGGCCGAGAGAGACCGGAAGAGUGAGCUCAGCCUGGAGCGUGUCGGCGUGCUGGAAUUCUUGCUGCGAGUCCACGGCUCCGAGGACCAGGACUUUGGCAACUACUACUGCUCCGUGACCCCGUGGGUGAGGUCCCCAACAGGCUCCUGGCAGAAGGAGGCAGAGAUCUACUCCAAGCCCAUCUUUGUGACUGUGAAGAUGGAUGUGCUGAACGCCUUCAAGUACCCGCUGCUGAUCGGCGUGGGCCUGUCCACCGUCAUCGGGCUCCUGUCCUGCCUCAUCGGGUACUGUAGCUCCCACUGGUGCUGUAAGAAGGAGGUCCAGGAGACAAGGCGUGAGCGCCGCCGCCUCAUGUCCAUGGAAAUGGACUAGGCCACGCCGGGGGAGCCGCGACAGGGGCGGUCUAGGAGCGACGGGGCGGGAGGAGGACCACGAUCUUUUUCACGCGCAGUGUGUGACACUAGAAACCAGUCCUCUCCAAUCUCAGGUGGGACCGGGCGCUCUCUCCCCCCCCCCCCGCAUGUCAAGUUCGGAGCGCGGACACGUUUACCAGCCCACGACUCUUCUUCCCACGGCACUUUCUGGUAGAACAAUCGCGUGUGUGUGUUCCCGGCUGCGGCUUUUUAAUGGUUACCCUUUGUCUAAUUUUUUUCUCCUACCAGUUUAUAGAUCUCUGACCUGUGUGUGUUCGUAUGUUUGGUUUCGAGGGGUCGCGGUGAGGAAGGACGGUGGCUCUUAGAGUUCUUUGUCUUAGGUGAGGACAGAGCUGCCCACCGGGAGCCAGCUUCCGUGUCGGGCCCGUGUUAGGAGGGCCGCUAGACGAAGCCGUCCGCCCCGGCCCAGCGACAACACAGACCUGUGCCGCAGGCUCAUUCGUGGCUUUGACCACGCUACCCACCCCGUAUUUUCAGGGGUUUAGACAUUUGAAAUCUAAACUUGCAGUAUGUAACUUCUUACUGAGCCCAAAUGCUUUUUUUUUUCUUUUCCUUUUCCUUUUUUUUUCUUUUUUUUUCUUUUUUUUUUUUUUGCUUCUCUGCCCCCUUUCCAUUUCUUUCGUAUUUGCUUUAUGUGAGUGUGCUGAAAUGGCCCUGGAAUCUAGAAUUUGGCUCCCCACCAAGCACCUUAUCUUGCCACCUUAGCCUUAAGAAUGAAUAUGAAGAAAAAUACACAGCCACCUCUGUCCGGGGCAGUAAGAAGGUCCUCAAGGAAGACGAGGUUGGGGACAAGGGAAGGAGCAGGCCCUCCGAUGGUUCUGAGGGCGCCGUGCCUCAGGGGGCCCCAGGGAGCGCAGAAGAGGGUCCUGGGGGGUCAGCUGUCCUCGGCUCGGGCCAGGAGUGUCGGGGUGCCGGGGCUGUGUCUGGAGGAGGACGCCACCUCCGUCCCCCUCUCCUGCCCUUCGUGGGAGGCGAAGGCCUCGGCCACCGAGGGACACCCACACGUGUACCCCACGUCCUUCGUGGCUGCUUGGGCUCCUUAAUGUGAAGGUGUAUUGCUGCUUGCAAGACUGACCGACUUCACAGAAUCAGAAAUUGCCUGGAAGAACCGUGCAUUUUCCAUGACCUUUUCAGCCCUUCAAGUCGUCGUAAGACCCCCCGCCGGGGGUCAGCGAGCAAGGGUACGCUUUGUGGUAUGUUUGCUUUCCUGUUAGGAACACGAAGGAAACCAGCAAUUUACUGCCGUGUGAACAGCCUACAAAGUAGAUCUGAGAGCAAUCCGUUUUGCCCGACUGCUCGUACCCGGAGUAGGACGCGGACCAAAAGAGCUCCUCUGCUCCCUGAGGCAUCUGCCCCUGCAUAGCACUGGCCUUUCGGAAGCAUCCCAGUGGGCUUUCUGAGGCUCACUGGUGAGUCAUGCCCCGCAUUGCAAUCCUCUGCUCUUUCAUCCUGGCUCUGACGGAUCUCACGCUGCUCUGUCUUCCGAAGGGAACAAAAGAUUCGUUUGUUUUGAGCAAUAAAGUCCUACAAAAUGAUGGCCA